CGGCGAAGAACAACAACUCGAAAGGGUAUUUUCUCCUCCUUUACGUCUACUAUAACUCAACAGAUCAAAUCACCUAGAAGUCAUCAUCAGAGGCUCAUCCAUCGGCGACCUCCCUCAACACUACUUCAACCUUAUCGUUCUCAAACAAAAUGCUCUUCAAAUUGUACUUCCGCCGCGCAGCUCGCAUCAUCAACGCCACACCCUUCAGAGUCGCCCGCAUUGGCGCACCCAUCUCAGAAGCAGGCUACGUCGACAUCUUCGAGACAACAGAGAUCGGUGGAGACCGUGCCACCGUUCUCCUCCAGCUCGCUCCCGGCGAGAGGGCAUCAAGGACACAGAGACGUAGUUCUGGAUUGGAACUUACACAAGGCUGCCACAGGUGUCGUCAAUAGUCGGCCUGGCCUGACUAGAGAUGACUGGUUUCAGAGCCUCCGUUCCGACGGGAUUGUUGGCUUAUACAGAGGAUCCAUGCCCAGCGUAGUUGGCAUCUGCGUGUAUCGAGGUCUUUAUCGCGGAGGAUACGGCAUCAUUAGGGACACGUUUCUAGUGGGAAAUCUGCGCGGUAACUUUGCUGCAUCUUUUGCUGUGGGUUGGAUGUGCACGACGUCUCCAGGGAGUUUCCUGCUUCACACUAUCAGGAGACGAAUGAUGAUGACGUCCGGGGAAAAGGUACAAUACAAGUUCUUUAUCAACGCCGGAAGGCACAUUAUGGCCAAAGAGGGUGCAAAGUCAUUGUUCGCUGGGGCAGGUGCAAAUAUCGUUGCUGGCGCGGGUGUGCUAUCGUUGUACGACAAG